AUGAUUCAUAAACAUGCCUUUGAAGCAUUGGAUAGAACCUUAAAAGAUAUAUUGAUGCCUGAAUGUUCAAAUAGCGAAGCUUUACCAUUUAGAGGAAAGGUAAUUGUAUUUGGUGGUGACUUUAGACAAAUUCUUCCUGUUGUUCCUAAUGGUUCUAGACAAGAUAUCGUAAACGCUUCAUUGAAUUCAUUAUAUAUAUGGAACAAAUGCAAGAUACUAACGCUAACAAAAAACAUGAGGCUCACAGUUGGCAUUAAUCAUGGUGAUAUUGAGAAGACAAAAGAGUUUGCUAAAUGGCUUUUGGAUAUUGGUGAGGGAAAAGUUGGUGGUCGCAACGACGGCGAAGCUGUUAUUGAUAUACCUGAAGAACUGUUGAUUAUUGAUUCCACUAACCCUAUUGGUAGUCUGAUCAACUUUGUGUAUCCUUCGAUACUUGAAUCUUUCAAUGAUCCAAAUUAUUUUCAAGAAAGAGCGAUACUUGCGCCUAAGAAUGACGUUGUUCAUGAGAUAAAUGAAACCUUAUUAGCAAUGUUUCCUGGUGAUCAAAAAGAGUAUCUAAGUUCUGAUUCUAUCUGCCAAUCGGAGAAUGUAACUGACCAUAUUCGACACGAUGUUUACCCCCCCGACGUUCUAAAUGGAAUAAAAGUUUCAGGAAUUUUGAAUCAUAAGUUGGUAUUAAAAGUUGGUGUUCCCAUAAUGCUUUUACGUAACCUUGAUCAGAAAAACAGUUUGUGCAAUGGUACAAGAUUACAAGUCAUUACACUUGGUGAUCGUAUUAUUAAAGCAAAAGUUAUUUCUGGUAAUAAUAUUGGGACAAGAACUUUUAUUCCAAGGAUCAAUCUUUCUCCGUCUGACAAACGAAUUCCUUUCAAACUUCAAAGAAGGCAAUUUCCGAUAGCAGUGUGUUUCGCAAUGACGAUAAACAAAAGCCAGGGAUAG